GGAAGAGUUGAUUCUUCAAACUUCUCUUGAAAAUACUAGGGCAUUCACACAGUACAGUAGUGUAGUCAUCCUUAGUAAAUCCUACGGAUUUGAAAUGCUCAAUCUUGGGCAAAAGGGUAUUUUGAGGAUUACACAACAGGACUGGAGGGCAUUUUCGGAUUAAUUUUGAGAUCUGACUUUCUGUGAAUCCGUGGGUUUUUAAGAACGAAAGCACAGAUUCUGGUUUAUCCGGGGAUUCGAACUUCAUAUAAUUGGAAGCUGAGAGAGCCUUUUCUGGAGCAAAACCACAUCUAUCUACAAGAUAAGAUGCCACAAAUGAAGCUCUCUUCUUCGCUAGGCCCAAGGAUUCAUCUCCAGCUUUUGUUCGAUACAACUUAAAAACAGUGAGCGAAGAUCUAGCAGAGGACCUGACAUGCGGAAAUGUCUUAAAAAUGAAAUUGAACAUUUGAGAUAUACUGGUUAGCUCGAUUCAAAAUCAAAGCUCUCCGGAAAAAGUGAAUGAACAAAUGUGAUUUUGAAGAGAGGCAGCAGCGAAUGGAUACUCUUCGCUACCGACACAAGGGUCGAGCUACGCCAGACAGAACACAGAAGUCUUCCCCAAAAAAACUUCCGCAGCAAAGAGGCAACAACAAGAAAUAAUCUCCGGCGACGCUCCAUCUCCGUUGACUGCGACGGAGAGACACCUCCAUCUUGCCAACAAUAUUUCACAUUUUCACCUCCAUCUUCUUCAACACUCUAGAAUAUGGAUUUCUCCAACUUACCACUAGUGUGUCAUUGAGGGGAUUAUUUGAGGAAGCUGUAGGAAUACGCUAUUAAGGUGGUAGGAAACAAAUUGUAGUUGUUUCUUGUGGCACAUGUAUGCUAGAGAUGUUGCAAAAAAUAUAUGAAGCUAUAGAGAUUCCUUCGAACCAUUCUUUGCAAGUGCAGGUGAAAUAUCCCCUUCAAUUCACAGGGAUCAUACAUGUUUAUGCCACUUGAUGAUGAGGAAGUUGUCACGGGAUCGUGGACGAUAGUUCAGAUGACUAUGUCCAUAAUGGAGAUAUAUAUUGCAGAUUCCAUAGGUGACGCUUCUAUAACUCCGUCAACAUCAAAUGAUGUUGUAUCUAGACAUGGUGUCAAUGCAGCGGACUCCUCAAAUGAUGUUGUUCUGGAUAUGGUUGUAGAGGAGGAUGAGAGGUAUUUGCACAAUAGUGCAUCCUUUUUGGAUGGCCAUGUAACCGAUGAUGAUGCUGAUGAAAACAUCAAUGAUGAUGGAAUGACAAAAUCAGAUGAAGAUGAUGGUGACACUGUGACCGGAACUGCCCCGUCUAGCCACUAUACUAGAUUAUAUGAUCUCCCAUUCGGCUUUGAUGAUGCGUGGAGGAGUGGAACAUGUGUGAAAAGGUUUGCACCAGACGUUGAGUUUGAGGUUGGGCAAUAGUUUGACAACAAAGAACAACUCAUAAAUAUGGUGAGAUUGUAUUCCAUCAAACACAACCAAUUUUAUCGUGUGUUGGAGUCAAAUAAACAUAAAUGGGUUGCAGAGUGCAAGAGAAAGAAGGAACAUGAUUGCACUUAGAGAAUCGGGCCACAAAGAAACAUGCAAGCCUUGACAUGUUCACAGUUGUGCUGCAAGUUCACAGUCAUAUUGCGUUUGCCGAUACUAAAGAGAUUUGAUGUAGCUGCACAUUUCAGUUGAGGUAGUGCCACAAUUGAAGAUCUUCAUAAGCUGGAUAGGCGUGGGAAGCCUACAUAGGAUUGGUCGCUCAGACAUGUCCGAUACGUGGCUAUAUGGGAGAGGCGAGUGGAGCUUGUUGUGGCAGGGACGCCGACAUUAGUCCCAUCUGUUUCUGUAGACUACAUGAGAUGGUAUUACAGCAUCACGUGGUUGUUUGUCUCUCUUUCUUUCAGACUCCCUGUUCACCAUUAUCAGCCUAGUUCCAUACUUCUAUGGCUUUGCGCUUGACGACACGGGCGUUGCAGCGUAUGCAUGAGCGAUACGCAUGACGUGGGCACGUAUGACCAGGUUCUGACGAGCAUUGCGUCCUUCUGUUCGGAUGUGUUGGGGCGAGUAGACUAUGGCCAUCUCAUGCCCUCUCAGGAGUCUAUGGCAUCGACAUCUACUGCAGCAGUGACAGAGUUGUUGUUCUACCACGUCAGCAUAUGCGUCAACAACCAUAGCUCCAUGACCACGACAACCAAUAACACCUUGAAAACUUGUAGUUUGUCUCCAUUAUUGGACUUAUUCAUGUACCCCGAAUGUUGUAGAAUUUUUUGAAUCUGUGAAACACUUUACUUUCUGACAUACGUCCAC